CACCAUCAGAAAAAAAUGAAGGGGGCUUUUUUCAUUCCAUGCUUUUUCUUCCUUUUCUGUGUUUACAGCUCUACACGGAGUGAACCUUCUUGUGCCACUCCCCGUGAUGAGCAUGUGGUAUCGCCUUUCCUCUUGGGUUGGUUUUCACGUCUGGGAAGAAGCAGGCCGUACCAAUGUGAACCUGGUUAUAAAGCAACAGCUGACCGUGCCGAAUGUACAGAGAACGGCUGGUCACCAAAACCACUGUGUAAAGAGCUGAAGUGUACAGUGCCAACAAUUGAAAAUGCAAUAAGGCUGGAAAAAGUCGGUGCUCGCCUUGAGUACCAGUGUAAUCCCGGAUAUGAACCUGAGGGGUUUGUCAUCACCUGCAAUCAGGAGGGAGUCUGGGAUCAGAUGCAUCACUGCACUGCAAAAAGACUUGAUUGUGGCCCACCUCCUCUGAUCAGUGAUGCAGUGCAGGAACUAAAGGAAGAAUAUAAGAAUGGAGAAAUAGCUACGUACGAGUGUCCUGCAAACUACGUAAAGAGUGGGGAUCCUCACCUGACCUGCAUACAGGGCAGUUGGACAGGGAAUGGGGAAUGCUUGCCCAAAACACUUAAUUGUGGCCCACCUCCAUUGAUCAAAGACGCAGUGCAGGAUCUAAAAAAUGAAUAUAAGGAUGGAGAAAUAGCUACGUAUGAGUGUCCUGCAUACUUCACCCAGGCUGGUGAUCCCCACAUGACCUGCAGAAAAGGCAGAUGGUUAGGGAAUGGGGAAUGCUUGCAACCCUGCACUGUCAAUGUUGAAGAUAUGGAAUCCCGUAACAUAGAAAUACUGUUUGGAGGUAGAAGUAAAAUCUAUUCAAAGCACGGAGAUUUUAUUUCAUUUAGGUGUCAAAGAGGAUUUAAACAUAAAGAAAAAGAUGGCUUUCGUCAGCAGUGUAUAAAUGGGAAAAUAGAUUUGCCUAGUUGUGGAUAGUGUCCCACAUAGUAUUGUUAAAGAUGGGUGGUGGAGGAUAAGCAGAUUAUCUCACUACUUACAGAGAAAGAAUAAAAACGUGAUUUUAACACUGAUAGAAAUAGAUGUUUGUAUCGUAUCUGAUUUAGUAAAGAACAAAGGAUGCUGACAGGAUGUCAAAUGACCAAAUAAUAACAUUCAUGUUAAUUCAGAUAAGCUGUGAUUCAGGUUACUUUUGUUGCUGGAUGUUGUUUAUUCUGUAUAUUGGAUGCUUCAUUAAAUGCAAUAAAUUACUUCCGAAUGUCUACACAA